GUAUCCGUAAAGGAAGCUAAGGAAACAGUUGAUCGGUGGUAUAGAGAUAGAAAAGAAGUGUCAGAUUGGCAGGAACAACGCAAAUUUGAAGCACGCGAGUUCAGACGUGUUCACACACUUCUAGGACGGGCACGCUGGUUCCCAUCAGUAAAAAAUGCAACUGGAUCUGUAAAAGGUCACAUAGAACGAGCUGCUAUAAAUACUCCAGUGCAGGGAAGUGCUGCAGAUGUUGCUAUGUGCGCCAUGUUAGAGAUAUCAAAGAAUGCACGACUAGAGGAGCUUGGAUGGAAAUUGCUUUUACAGGUUCAUGAUGAAGUUAUUUUGGAAGGGCCGGAAGAAUCUGAAAACGAAGCCAUGGCAAUAGUGGUUGACUGCAUGUCCAAGCCUUUUGGUGGAAAGAAUAUUCUCAGAGUUGACCUAUCUGUUGAUUCUAAAUGUGCCAAAAACUGGUAUUCUGCCAAGUAGAUGAUGGAUUUCAUCGACAUAUACAUGGACUUUUAUCCAACUCGGCUCCAUUCCCUGCAUUUGUUUUGACCCUCUGAAAUGUAUACAGAUUAAUCUAACUCGAUCUCAUCGUCCCAAUCAUGAGGUAAGUCCAGUGUGUCAGCGAACGGAUGUCUUUGCUUGCGACCAUCAAUUCGUAGCUGCCUUCAUUACAUGCAAGUCCAGAACCUAGUGCUGUUAGUCCAUUUUUUCAACAGGUCUUAGAUAGCCUGUUGUAACCUUAAUACAUAUGUAAAUACUAACUUUUCUUUUUCUUUUUGAGUAAGUUGUAUGUAGCCCUUGAUUUUGAGAUCAAAAUGUGUAAAAGUACAUCUUACCCUUGUGAUGAUGUCUUGCCAGCCUUUUUCUCUACAUAGGUGUAUAUUUAUUGGCCUGGCCUAGACUAGAGUUUUUUCAACAUCUUAUUCUCUUUUGUACCAUUACCCUUGUUUUCAUAUGAACCUAGAAAGGCUAUGUAUCCU